CGAUCAGCCAGCUCGGUCCUCGAAAAAAGGUUUAUUUUCUGUUGUAAUUCAAGCUGUUGAUUCCCAUGGUACUCUGUGAAUGAAGUAAUAAAGGUUGGGAUCCUGUUACGAAGGACAAACAAACAGACCUAAGCUGUUCUUAAGAAAUCACAUUUGGCUUCUGCAGUCAUGAUCAAGCUGUUGAGUCUUACCAUUGCUGCAGCAUUGUUCAUUGAUGCUGUUGAACCGGCCUUAAAUGGAUCGCCCUGUGACUAUCUCCCUGAGAUUGUUGGCUGGACACAGUGGUUUGACAGAGAUAAUCCGUCUGGAACCGGAGACUGGGAGAAUCUCUCCAGUCUUCGCACGGAGUAUCCAGGAAAGAUCUGCCCAAACCCUGUAGGUAUAGAGGCCAGAACUCUAUCUGGAUUAAGUGUGGCUGAAGCAGGGGAGAAGAUAUUUAGAAGUGACACAACUUCAGGAUUCAUCUGCAGGAAUGAGGACCAACCCGACAAUAAUUGCUAUGACUAUCAAGUUCGCUUCAGCUGCCCCCCAACUUCCUGCACUGGGAAUUUGUGUUGGACCACAUAUUUCAACCGAGACAGUCCCAGUGGAACAGGGGACUGGGAGGGUUUGAAUGACCUGAGGAAAGAAAAUCCUGGAAAAAUUUGUGACAACCCUCUAUACAUUCAUGCUGUUACCACGGACACGAUGACUCCAGCCAUCAACACGGGACAGAAAUUCUUGAUCUACAAUCCAACUCAGGGGUUUGUUUGCCGCAAUGAGGACCAGACAUCCAGCAGCUGCACCAACUACAAAGUUCGCUUUGUGUGCCCAUGUUCCUGAACCCUGACUCCAGCAUUGAGAAAAAUGAUUGAUUUUAUGAUUUCAGUUUUUCUCUAUUUUUCUUUUCUUUCCUUCAAUUAAUUUUUACUUUAAAUAUGCAACUUAUAGUAAUGGGUCUUGUUUACUAGCAUUGUCACUUGAA